UUCACAAAUUCAUUCACUUGAUCCCUCACUCUCUUUCUAUUUCAAUUUGCUUCAAGGCCCGUAUACUUUCCAAGCAAUGGCAAAGAAACUAACCUUCUUGUUCUGUCUAAUAUUCUUCAUGGUUGCUAUUCUAGCCCACAAUCAGGCUUCUAGCACCUUGCUACCAGCUUCUCAGCUUGAACCACAGGGAAACGGCCAAAUGCAUGGCACUACUCAGGGGAGCCUUCAGCCUCAAGAAUGUGCACCUAGAUGCACUGGUAGAUGCUCAAAAACUUCAUUCAAGAAGCCAUGCAUGUUUUUCUGUCAAAAAUGCUGUGCAAAGUGUCUGUGCGUGCCUCCUGGGACAUAUGGCAACAAGCAAGUUUGCCCUUGCUACAAUAACUGGAAAACCAAGAGCGGUGGACCAAAAUGCCCUUGAGAACUUCCAGUUUGCUCAUUUUGUACCAGCUUAUUGAUAAUUGCUUAUAUAUGGGGACAUGAUCUUGCCUAAUGUUUGGCAUUACUAUCAAAAGAUUAUUAACUAAGAAAGCAUUCCAUUCACUGUAAGCCACUGCCUUGUUGGUUCAGAUAUUAGAGAUUUCUUGGUUAUGUUGUAGUUUUGGUGCAUGUUUGGUACUCGGAAAUCGGGAAAUGGACAGAACUCCGUUCUAUCGAAUCAUCUUUGUAAACCUCUUAAUGAAACCAUGCUUUUUCUUUAGUGA